AUGUUUGCAAAACGAUUCUUGCAGAAAGCCAUACACCAUGCCCAGCACAACUUACCACAACAUGGCAGUUUAACAUCGGCAGAUUUAGAUUUACAAAUAGCCAUCCACUAUGGCAUCCCAUCAACGGCUUCAAUUCUGGCUUUUGAUCAUACCCAACGGCUGUUAGCCAUCGCUACAUUGGAUGGGAGGAUUAAAGUUAUUGGUGGUGAUAAUAUUGAAGGACUUCUUAUAUCUCCAAAUCAAUUGCCUUACAAAUACUUAGAGUUUCUACAAAACCAGGGCUUCUUAGUCAGUAUCACAAACGAUAAUGAAAUUCAGGUUUGGAAUCUGGAGAACAGGUCCAUAGCAAGUUGUUUACAAUGGGAAUCCAAUAUAACUGCUUUCUCUGUAAUCAGUGGUUCACACUUCAUGUAUAUUGGAGAUGAAUAUGGUAUGGUGUCUGUGUUGAAGUAUGAUGCUGAUGAGGGAAAACUUAUUCAGUUGCCAUAUAAGAUAUCUUCCAAUUCACUGAGUGAAUUGGCCGGUUUUCCGCUUCCUAAUCACCAACCUGUUGUAGGAGUUCUUCCCCAACCUUGUUCUUCAGGAAAUAGAGUACUAAUUGCAUAUGAGAAUGGAUUGAUAAUUCUUUGGGAUGUUUCCAAAGCUAAAAUUAUUUUUGUUGGAGGUGGUAAGGUUCUCCAAUUGAAGGAUGGAGUUGUUGAUUCUCCAAGUGAAGUGGAUUCUAAUCUUCCAGAUACACCUGAGCAUCCUUUACAAGAAAAAGAAAUAAGUGCUCUUUGUUGGGCAUCAUCAAAUGGGUCCAUUCUUGCAGUUGGGUACAUAGAUGGAGAUAUCUUCUUUUGGAAUACAUCAAGUUUUGGCUCUUCUAAAGGUCAACAAACUGGAUCAAGCAACAAUGUUGUUAAGCUAGAAUUAUCAUCUGCUGAAAGGAGACUCCCUAUUAUUGUCUUACAUUGGUCCCUAGACAAUGAAUACCGUAGUACCAGUAAUGGGCGACUUUUUGUCUAUGGUGGUGAUGAGAUAGGAUCUGAAGAAGUUAUUACGGUUUUGAGUCUUGAAUGGUCAUCUGGGAUGGAGGCUUUAAGAUGUGUUGGCCGCAUGGACCUUACACUCAGUGGCUCUUUCGCAGACAUGAUUUUGUUACCAAAUUUUGGGGCGAAAGGGGGUGAUCACAAAGCUGAUCUUUUUGUAUUGACAAGUCCUGGGCAACUGCAUCUUUAUGAUGGUGCUGGCUUGUCUGCCUUACUGUCUCAGCAAGAGAAGAAACCAUCUGUCUGUGCGGUUGAAUAUCCUGGGGAGAUACCUACAGUUAAUCCAAUAAUAACUGCAGCAAAGUUUAGUGUAUUAACCACGGCUGAAAACUCAUCAAAAGUAGCCUCUCCUGUGAAACUUGGUUCAUCACCUAUCCUUGCUGGUCAAAUGAAGUGGCCUUUGACUGGGGGUGUACCCGGUCAGUUGUCUGUCACCAAAGAUCACAAUGUUGAUAAGUUAUAUGUGGCUGGUUAUCAAGAUGGAACUGUUCGGAUAUGGGAUGCCACAUACACUGUCCUGAAACUUAGUUCUGUUAUAAAUGGAGAGGUGCAAGGUAUAGAAGUGGUUGGCUCUAGUGCACCAGUAUCAAAUUUGAAUAUCUGUUUCCUUAAUUCAAGUUUGGCUGUUGGCAACGAAUGUGGUCUGAUUCGUAUUUAUAACCUCAAUAGCUGCUCAAAUGACACGAAUUUUCACUUUGUCUCAGAAACUAAACACGAAGUCCACAUGUUGCCUGAAGAGAAAGGACCUUGCUGUAGAGCUGUUUUUUCUCUUGUCGAUUCCCCUGUUCGAGCCCUCCAGUUUGCAAAUAGCGGAGCUAAACUUGCUGUGGGAUUUGAAUGUGGUCGUGUUGCAGUGCUUGACAUGAGUUUCUUAUCUGUAAUGUUCGUCACUGACUGCACUUCUGGCUAUAGCUCCCCAAUCGUUUCAAUGAUUUGGACAGAAUAUGGAAAUAAAAAUAGCCUUGUGAAAAACCCAAAUCACUCAGAAACAAAAAUUCCAGUCAAUCCAGAAGAUGAAGGAAUCUUCAUCUUAUUCAAGGAUGCAAAGCUUCGCAUUAUUGACGGUGCUACUGGGAACAUGAUAAGUUCCCAUCCAUGGCACUUAAAGAAAGAAGCAACUGCAGUUUCCAUGUACAUUAUAGAGGAAGCUACAGUAUCUGGCCUUACCACUGAAAAGCAGCCUGUGCAAUCUGGCAAGAAUAACAGCGCUAAAAAUGAUCCAGUGCCUGAUGCUACUCCAAUUGAAACUAAUUCACAUGAGACUGAUCAUCUCUCCUCUUUAGAAAUUGAUUGUUCAGGAGAAAGAUUAUCGGAUGCACUAGUGUUGCUUUGUUGUGAAGAUUCACUGUGCUUGUACUCCAAAAAAUCCAUAAUUCAGGGAUACAAUAAAAGCAUUCAUAAAGUGAAGCACACAAAACCUUGCUGUUGGACCACAACCUUUAACAAAGAUGGAAAAUUGUGUGGACUGAUGUCACUGUUUCAGACUGGAGUAGUUGAAAUCAGAUCUUUACCUGAUUUAGAAUUGGUAAAUGAGACUUCCUUAAUGUCAAUUCUGAGGUGGAGUUUCAAGGCAAACAUGGAUAAGACAAUUAGUGCAGAUAAUGGGCAGAUAACGCUGGCAAAUGGAUCUGAAGUGGCUUUCAUCCAUCUAUUAGAUGCUGAAAAUGAUGUCAGGUUUCUGGAGUCUUUGCCUUGUCUUCACGAUAAAGUUCUUGAAGCUGCUGCAGAGGCAGCCUUUACUGUCUCUUCAAAUCAGAAGAAAAAACAGGGCAAUGCACCAGGGAUUCUUGGUAUUGUCAAAGGCUUUAAGUUGGGGAAAGAUAUCCAUACUGUGGAUAUUAGUACGGCUCCUAAGUCAAGUUUUACUCAUUUAGAGGGAAUAUUUUUGAAGCCCCCAUUCCCAGACUCAUCUCCUACUGUAACAAAUGAUGAGAAAGUAGUGGAGCUAAAUAUAGAUGACAUUGAAAUAGAUGAAACACCAUCUGUGGCUGCUGCUUCAUCUCAUGAAGUAGCUCAUAUGAAGAAAGAUAAGGGAACAGACAGGGAAAGAUUAUUAGGUACACCUUAUGAUACAAAGCCCAAACAGAGAACAUAUGAAGAAGUUAUUGCUAAAUAUAGAAAAACAGAGGAUGCCUCUUCUGCGGCUGCACAUGCAAGAGACAAACUUGUAGAGAGGCAAGAGAAACUGGAGAGAAUUAGCAGACGAACUGCAGAGUUGCAAAGUGGGGCAGAAGAUUUUGCAUCAUUAGCAAAUGAGCUCGUUAAGACAAUGGAAAAUCGAAAAUGGUGGCAAAUGUGAAUAAAAUCUUGCUCAAUUUGCACAUACUUUGAUUGUUCAUUAUGUUAAUUCUAAUCCUGGAGGUUGGACCUUGGAGCGAUGGAAAAUCACUGAGUUACCCUGAAAACGAGAUUCACAGGCUCACAUCUGCAGUAGACCUCCGACUAAGAAUAUGAACUUGAUGCUUUAAGUUGUGUGAGAGUGAAUUUUCACCGUGACUGAUGUAAAUUAAUACAUGCUAGCAACUCCUUCAAAGGGAAGGCAAUCUUGCUUUAUUCAGUAAGGGUGGGCCAAUUUCCAUGAUCAGUCCUCAGCAAUCGCACUAGGAGUCUUGCAGUGGCCUUCAAUUGUAAACGUUAUAUUUCAUUGCAUAUGUUGUUAAUAACUGAAUUUUGUUUUCUCAAAAAGUUAAAAUAUUGUAUCUUUCAGCUUUUGCUUCUUAAUGAUCAUUAUUUUAGAUGUC